GCUAACUCUGUGUUCAGCAUAUGGCAUCUGACUGCAGAAGGCAAUUUAAGGUCAGCUGGAAGUUCUUCUAGGAGCAUAAGGGUAACGUUACCCAUUUUGUACUACAAGUGAUUCUCGUUAAAGUUCAUUUUAGAGGAGCUAUACGCACUUCUCACACGUUUCUGGGAGAAGAUGGUGGCAUCAUCCUAAUUAUUCUAGGCCGUGGAGUUCCACAAGCACAGAACCAGGAGUCGCUCUGCUGAAAGCUGCAUUUGUCCGUAUGAGCAACGGCCAUUUUGCAGAGUUGUAAUCUCACUUCCUUAAAUGACGACUGUAAAAGCAGAACUCUACUUCUGUCCUGUGUGCCUGCAGCUGCACCGACAGCUAAGGUGGCAACCCUCCUCCUUCCCACAACCUGCUCCGAAAACUGUUCUACAGCCAAUUGGGGGAAUCCAGCCCGAGACACGCCUUGCUGAAUGCACCACGUAUAGAGAUGAAACCGCUGUAAGGAACUCAGAGAAGCGUUCUGUAAAACUGGGAAGCUUUUUUAGAAGAUGGAGAACCCACUUCUUUUGUUCCCUCAACUGAACAUUUCUGCUUCGAAGGAGAAAUCCUAUUACAAAGUCAUGAAAUCAACAGUUAAAGAAGAGCCAAAUAAAGCAAGCAAGCCCGGAGCAAAGCAGAAGAGAAACAGGCUGAGCCUUCUCCUGCAGAAAUCUGAAUUACACGAAGCUGAACAUCUUGGUAAACCGACAAACUUGACAAAAGCAUCAAGCAGUGUGUCUCCUGAAGAAGCAAUGAAAUGGGGAGAAUCCUUUGACAAACUGCUUUCCCAGAAAGAUGGAUUGGAUGCCUUCACAAGAUUUCUGAAAACGGAGUUCAGUGAGGAGAACAUUGAGUUCUGGAUAGCUUGUGAGGAUUACAAGAAAAGCAAAACUACAGACGAACUUUUCCCAAAAGCUAAGACCAUUUAUGAAACAUUCAUACGGAAAGAUGCUCCAAAAGAGGUGAAUUUGGACUUUAAAACCAAAGAAGUUACAAGUCAGAAUAUUGAACAGCCCGUCAUUACCACCUUUGAUGCAGCACAAAACACAGUCUACAGGCUGAUGGAGCAAGACAGCUAUCCACGCUUCCUAAGAUCUGAUCUUUAUUUGAAUUUGGUUAAGGGGAGAAAUCCUGGUCGUCCCACUCUUAGGAGACGAUCACAGUCCUUUACUGUCAAUGAUUUCCAGGGUGUGCGACCAGACUUUACCAUCUGGCAAUAGGGAACUCAGCUCUCAUGAAUUCUAGCUACUGCAAGCAAAUUGUACAUGUGUUAUAAAUUACAAAUCCUUAGGCGGUGUAAAUAAGUGGCAAGCAAAGUUGCAUGCAUUCAUACCAGGUCAUAGCUUUGUUGCUAGUGUGUAAUCCCUUUACUGUAGACAACCAGGCAACUUAUUCCUGAGACAUGCCAUGUGAAGCUUUUGUACAGUAUUUUUUUUUUAAACUCAAGCAGGAGCUGUUAUCAUAUUAGAAAGAAGAAUCUGAGUUUCUGACGUAAAAAUGUUGUCUAAAACGCUAUUUGAUUACACCCAUCAUGUAUUUUGAGCCUGUAUUGUAAGACAGUUUCGUCACAGUUUGAAUCUAUAUAGCUAACCUUUGCACAUGAUUUUGUUUUUUGCAGUAUUUCCUACACUAAGCAUAGAAUAUUUGUAGUAUUUUCUCAUACUGCAAAACACAUGGGAACAUUAGUUAGGUGAAAUGUAAAAAUUAUAUGGAUUUUAACUACAGCUACUGCAUAAUUAAAAUUUAGCUAUUGCAUAUUUCAAGAGGAUGAUAAUAAUGUCUAUUUAAUUUUUUUUAUAGGGAUAUAUUAUAUACUCUUUUCUUAUUAUGUACAUCUUUUCUUUAUAUUUAAACUAUGCUGUAUAAACUAGCGUUGCUAUCAAAUAUUUGUAUUCUCUCUCUCUCUUUUUUUUUUCCCCCAACCAAAUGAGUCAAUGGCCAAGAAUGCCCUUUUAACACAACACGUGUCAUUAAACAUCUGGUCAUGUGGAUGCAUAUGUCUGUCUAGAAGGAAGCGUCCUUUUCUCCCCAUGCUAAGCUAGGUAUGAAGCCAGUUAAACAACACAACCAACCAUUGCUCUCAGUACAUAAUUCUGUGCCCUAAAGCUGACUAUCCAUACUGCACACAAAUGCUCCUUUCUGUGCUCACCUCCAUAACUGGCAUCCUCUCAAAUCAUAGAACGGCCUGGGUUGAAAAGGACCACAAUGAUCACCUAGUUUCAACCCCCACGCUGUGUGCAGGGUUACCAGCCACUAGACCAGGCUGCCCACAGUCACAUCCAGCUCUCAAAUGCCAUACUUGAUAGUUCACUUGAGAGAUAACAGUGGGUCAGAUACAACACAGGCAUAAAACCUGUAUGUUUGCAGCCGGAUUCUCAACUGGUGAUCACGUUACUUCAUACCUUCACAGAAUCUAAUGUUUGCUCUUGCUGUGGAUGAAACAAAUGUAAAAGAAUACACGCAUUUACUACUGUUCCAAAACCCAGAGAAAUGACGAAUACAGUGCUUUGAGUAAGACAUUUCCUCCUUAGCAAAAAACCCAAGCAGUUACUCAAAACUGUCUGCAGUGAUAAAUAAAAGUCAGCAGGCGCCUUUGUUUCCUUUCACAGGAACAUGGAAAAUGUUGCUUAUCGCCAGGGAGGCCUUCCUCACAGCCAUCAUUCUGUAGUACUGACAGUGCUAGUCCCUUGCAUGAGUUUUGCAAUUACAACAAACAAAUAAGCUAUUCUUGGUAAGCUACUUAUGCAUGUAUGUUUUUCAGAGAUAAUUAUGAACCAUGAUUUACAGCAGACUGAGGCCAUGGGAACUACUAUAAGAAGAAAGUCGAGAUAAAUUCAGAGAAAGGAAGACAAAGGGCAGAAAGAUAAACCAAAAGGACAAAUUAUCUGCUUUCUAGAGGAGACUCUUUUCUUGUGGCAGAAAAACGAGUGCUGGAAGAUGAACUAAACAGGUUGAGUAGAAGUCCGUGACACUUCUCCAUGCUUCAGAGAGACAGGAUUGAUCAGAUUGAAGGCUAGCUCUGCAGGGAUGUAUUUAUAGCAUGGGCAGUGCCAGAAAUCAUGGCUGGGCUUCUCUAGGUUUGGCAGAAUCAAUGUCGCAGUUAAAUAAAUCCUCUUGUUUAGCUGGCUUGAUGUGAGUAACACAUACAAAGCCUACUGGGUAUAUAUUUUUAUUGGGAAGUACAUUAUGUAGCAGCUUUUUGGAUUCGUGUGUGUUGUUCAGUGUUCAGUAAGAGCUCUCAAAAUACCUCUUAACAACACUUCACCCUAAAUAAACACUUCACUUUAUUCCUUACAUAUGUGAAGUCUCCAGCUUCAAUGUAUGAGGGAAAUAAUCUACAGAAUUCUGUAGCACAGAUGUUUGUUGCCUGUUUAUUUUCUUUUACCUAGCUCUGAUUAGAUGCAUUGAAUUAACUGAAUUAUUAUCUGCUGUUGUUAGCUUGAAGGAGAUCAAAAUACACAUCUUCACAUCUUUUCUUUGGCUUUUGGGAUUUGAUAUUGUGCAAAUGACAACUUAAUUAAUAUUUGUACUGACAAGAAACAAGAGGACUGAGUUCUAACAUCAUGAAUCUCAAAGGAAAAGAAAGGUUUCCUUCUACCACAACUGUAGGCAAUUGAUAAUGUGGCUCUUAGAAGCUGUGGUGUAUAGAGGCAAGUAAGUGACUCACAAAUGACAGGUUGUUUUUUCUCUCCCUUCUUUUUGUCCCCAGCUGCUCAGCUGCCUUAAUUAACUUUGAAUACAGCUCCCUCUCCCUUCCAAAUUAUUUUCCAUGCGUAACACUGAAAGGAUCCAACUGAAAAAAAAAAUGCAUAAAAUCAUCUUCUUUUCAGUGCAUUAUAUGCUUUAUAUGCUCAUGCAUGAACACCUUGCUCAGAUACCUGUGCUAGACCCCCCUCUGUUUUUUUGCAUUACAGUCAAAUGUCUCAAUCAAAUGACCAUUGAGCUCCUGUGUGGCUGUAUGCCAAAGAUAUAAAUAUCAGCCCUCUAUACAACAUUCAGCUUGCCUAUAUUUCUUCUUUUCUCCUGCUGUCUUGUUGCCAUCUUCUUUUUUUUUCUUUUUUUUUUAACACCAGCCAGUGAUAACUGAGCUGUGAGGGUGCCUGUUUUUACUUUAAAGCUUUUAUCUCUGCUUUCCUAAACAACCUGUGUUGGCGUAAACAUCUCAGAUGUCAACUCACAAGAGAAGGAGUUGUUAUGAUUCAGACUUUAUCUUUGACUUCAUUAGAAAACUUAGUUAAAAUUAAGUAGCGUGAAAAACAACCCUGUAGAAGUCAAUACCUAGUUUUCAAACAGAACAGAAGGUUAAGCUGAAAGCUAACAUAACUACAGUUCCUAAGCAGCUGUUUCUUCACUGUGCUAUUUUCUUGUAUUUUAGAAACUUGUUUCUUCACAAUCAAAAACAUUGGUGUAUUGGUUUUCCCUUUCAUCCAUUACCUAUCCCAGCCUGGUUUGGGACACACUGCCAGCAAGGCACAACUCAAAAGACAACUGAUACAGGGAAUUAUGGCUCAGGAGCUCUCUAUGACAUGCCUACUUUUCAUAUAUUACCUCCAAGUGCAAGGUUCUGAUACCACCCUGUAAGUUUGCACCAUACAGGCUUCUUGUGCAAAUAGGAAUUUUUGUUAAUCUGCUGCUAUAAAAACAGCAGUUUGUUCAUCCAGGACAAGAUCUGGGACAAACAAUCUGCUGACUAGUACUAAUUUAAACUCAUCAAGCUUCCAUAGUUUUCUUCUGAGAAUUACUUCCAGUUCUCCUUUAGUCAACAUUUGUGUUUGUAUAGCACUUAGAAAUCAUGUGCAUAAGGAGCACAACACGAUGUAAAACAUUUUGACAGAUUGUUCUGGAAAUCAAAUCUUUUACCUGAAGGGACACAUUGCUUGGGUGGAAAAUAACAGCUAAUUUCUUUAUGCAGAGUAUCUCUGUGGUAUACUGAAGAUACACAAAGUUAUUCACAUGGAAAAAAAAAAAUAAAUGCAUUUGUAAGCUGCCCAUGCCAUAUUAUUGGAAGGUGGAAGAUGGGCAUUUGCAUAGUGCUGUGAUUAAAAUGUAUUUGCAUCUGCUAUGACAGGUGGUUCCAUUUCACUAGGAUGCCAGCAGUGCCUAGGUCAUCUUCCAACUUAAGAAAGGUGGUAAAUCUACAUUUACUUGUAUUGCUUGGAUCAAGAGAACCUUCAUUUUCCUCCUGAGGUUAUGCUAUAUGGAGUGAUCCAACAAGCCUGGCUGUGGAAUGGAUUCAACAAAGGCCAAGUGCUGAAGGGCAUUAAGGUAUUGAACCUGACAGCAACACACUAAAACUUUUGUGGGAGAGUGGGGCAUUUUCUCACAUUGCACUAAGGUGAGUACAAGGCAACUCUUUUAGGAAUAUAUAAAAAAUGCAAGUGAUUUCUUAGGUUAAUACACCAAUAGCGCAAGCUGAAGAGUUGCUUUACACUGCCUGUUGAGAUAGUAGCAUCUAGCUCAGGUGUGGUUAAGCAGAACACAAGAUGAUAGGCUUAAUUGCUCCAAUCAGCCAAUACCUUUUCAUAAAGGAUGUUGGUCCUUAUCAAGUAAUAGGGGUGAAGGACGAAAUGUGCAACCAACAGAUCCACAUUCCCUUUCCUACAGUUCUAGCUCUGUUACCAUCCGCCAAAGGCAGCACAUUCAUAAAUCCAUUGCAGGUCAAUAGAGAGCUUGUUUGUUUGAUGCAGUGUGUUAUGAAUAACCAACACAUUUGCACAAGUAGCUGAUGGAUGCGUUGUAAUACCGAGACAAUUUUUCUCCUUAUGAAAUUUCAGUAAAAUAUUGGUCUUGUCUGGCACUAUUUUAUAGUUCAUGGUAUAUAUUCUGUGCAAAUUAGACCAAAUAACUAAUGGCAGAGAAUAAAGAUGGUAGUUCUUAUUUUGUCAU